CAAAAUGAACUUGGCGCUGCGUAAACGCGGGUCUGUCGCACCCGAGCGGCCCCGCGAAACAAACGAGAAGCAACCUGCAAAUGACGCAGCAAAUAGCGCUGCCUACGAUGCCUUUAGAGCUACAGAGACUGCUUCGCCAGAGGCGCUGGAAAAGCUCGUUGAAGUGCAGCGCAUGUACAUGCAGCGCGUCAAGGACGAGGCCCUGCACAGCGUCCGCAGCUUUCAGAUGCUGUUGGUAUCUGGACUUACGCCCACGGAAAUGAGGGGCCGCAUGAUAACGGAAUUCACAGCCCUGGGUGUGGUGUGCGCGCUGCUGGCGGGCUUGGGGUUCUCGGUGAUGGCCGCGCCGCCCGCAAAGCUGCUGGAGCGCGACUCGGCUGCUAUCGCCUUCUGCGCUGUGACACUGCUCAGCAUCAUCUGCAACCUCGCCUGUGUGGGCUUCAGCACACUCAUGAUCAGCUCGGUGAACUUGCUGACAGACGAGAUGACUGCCUGGUACAUCGGGAGCUAUGCUGCCAUCAUAACCAGCAUCAAUUUCCAGUUCUUCAACGCAGGCUUUCUGCUGCUGCUGGCUGCGCUUGUGCUGUUUGCCGUGUAUACCUACCCGCCCGUUGUGGCCUACGUGUGCGCCGGGGUGGCGGUGGCGGCGGCGGCGCUGGUCAUCACCGUCUACUUCAUCGUGGACCACACCCGCUUCUACAAGCUCCAAGACAUUGUGCAAAUAAUCUUGGAGCACGAUGCUGCUGCCAAGGCGGCUGGCGCUGUAGGCAGGGGAGAUGAGGCUGGCAGGGGUGCGAACGGCGGCGGGAGUAGCGUUGCUGCGGUUGCCGGUGCCGGUGCUGAUGGCGGCGGGGGGCGGUCUGCAGCAGCAUUGAUGACAUAGCUGUGAACAACGGUGGCUGUAAGAUUGCAUCAUACAACGCAUACCGUAUUACGCACUGAAAGAGUCAGGGUUUGUCUCGGCAGUUCGCUUGCGUGGCCGUACCUCAACAAUGUGAGGGGCGGUUGGCACAUUGCCAUCGCCGCCACAACAUCGCUCGGUACCGUGGCUGUCCAAUAGCACAUACCGUAAUAUAUUGCAAUGGGAUGUGAGAGAGCAUGAGAAGAGGGGGGCUUAAGGGGCAAGGCCGCAAGGGGGCUAUGAUGGCUACGAGUGAGUACCGCCUCGCACGGUUUCGCCAGUCGGCAGGGAUGCUCGCGGGGUUGCCCCUGGGGGGACCACGCGCAGGUGCGGGCAGGCAUUUGGCUAAGGUGUUUGAUGCGGCUGGGUGCCGAGGCGGCAGGACUGGUAAAGGGAGGAGCGUUCGUGAGCGGCGGGCGCGGGGCGGCAGGCGGGGCGAGAGGCGCGGCCGUGCCUACGAAGAUACGGAACUCUGCCAGCGAGGCUUGCGAGGUACUAGGGUUUCGGGGCGCUGCUACCUGUGCCUGCCUUUCCGAUAUGC